GUUAGAGUGUAGGUUGCAUGGGGAGAAUGGCUGGAGGAGUAGGUUUUGCCAGGCUGAGAGGUUUAAAUAUCCUUGAAAGAACCCUGUAUGAAGGCAGGAUAGAUGUUAUUCUCAUUUUCAGGUGAGGAAACUUAGGUUCAGGUCCCAUGUGGAGUAAGUGGCAGGUAUUGUAUUAGAACUCAGUUCUGAUUCUCUGUCCACUCCACUGCAAGGUAGAUGCUUAUUAGUUGCAUUAGUGUGAAUAACAAGUUCUGGAGGUGUGAUGUUGGAAGGCUCACAGGUGAAGUGGGCAGAGAGAGACUUAGGACUUGCUUUCUGGAAACUAUGUGUUCUCCUUUCCCUGCCCUGAACUCCAGGUGCAGCAGUUCCUGCGGCAAGCCCAGCGGGGGACAGAGGAAAAGGAGAGAGAGCGGGCUCUGGUCAGCCUUCGUCGAGGCUUGCAGCACCCUGAAACGCAGCAAAUCUUCAUCCGGCUGGAGGGCAGCAUGCGGACCCUGGUCGGGCUCCUGACCAGCAACCAGGCCCUGCUGCAGCUUGAGGCGGCUCGGUGCCUGCAUGAGCUCUCUCACUCCGAGCAGUCCACCGUUGCUGAGGCCUGCCUGCCAGCCACUUCCUACCUCCUCACCUACCUCUCCGGUCACAGCUCAGACUUCAUAGAGCUGUGUCUGUAUACACUGGGUAACCUGAUCGUGGAGAGUGAGGCUGUGAGAAGGCAGCUCCUGCCACAGGGCAUUGUUCCAGCCUUGGCUGCCUGCAUCCAGUCCCCCCAUGUGGCUGUGCUGGAAGCUCUCGGAUAUGCCUUGUCCCAGCUUCUACAGGCUGAGGAAGCUCCAGAGAAGAUCAUUCCCUCCAUCUUGGCCUCCACUCUCCCUCAGCACAUGCUACAAAUGUUGCAACCUGGCCCAAAGCUGAACCCUGGGGUCGCUGUGGAGUUUGCCUGGUGCCUUCAUUACAUCAUCUGCAGCCAGGUCAGCAAUCCUCUGCUCAUUGGCCAUGGGGCUCUGUCUACUCUGGGGUUGCUGCUGUUGGACUUGGCUGCGGCUGUCCAGAGAACCGAGGACGCAGGACUGGAGCUGCUGGCAUGCCCCGUGCUUCGAUGUCUAAGCAACCUGCUAACUGAGGCAGCAGUGGAGACUGUGGGAGGGCAAAUGCAGCUCAGAGAUGAGCGUGUUGUGGCAGCCUUAUUUAUCCUUCUGCAGUUCUUUUUCCAGAAACAGCCCAGUCUGCUCCCUGAGGGCCUCUGGCUCCUCAACAACCUCACUGCAAACAGUCCUAGUUUCUGUACCUCCUUGCUCUCCCUGGAUCUGAUUGAGCCUCUCUUACAGCUGUUGCCAGUAUCUAACGUGGUGAGCGUAAUGGUGCUCACAGUUCUGUGCAAUGUUGCAGAAAAGGGUCCUGCUUACUGCCAGCGACUGUGGCCAGGGCCCCUGCUUCCCGCCUUGCUGCACACACUAGCCUUUUCUGACACUGAAGUAGUAGGCCAGAGUUUGGAGCUGCUGCAUCUGCUGUUCCUGUAUCAGCCAGAGGCUGUUCAGGUCUUCCUGCAGCAGUCAGGGCUGCGGGCCCUGGAAAGGCAUCAGGAAGAGGCCCAGCUCCAGGAUCGUGUGUAUGCUCUCCAGCAGACAGCUCUUCAAGGGUGAUCUUGUUUCUCAAUGUCACUCAUUCCCCUCUCUCUUAACAUCAAGCUUGUUUGUCCAGUAGAGCCUUUGGAGAUUUAGGACCAUAAUGAGGUCUCAUGUUCUCUGCUCCCACACCUAAGGCAAGACCUUUGGGUCCCAGCUUCUCUUUCACUCAGCACUAUCUAGGCAGGAGAACCAAAAGGGACUCAGUGUGGUCUACUUAUUCUGGGGCCCUAGAAUCCCUGCCCCCCACCCUUCAUUUUUGCUUCAGCAGCUGGUAGCUUUUGAUGAGACAGAAUAAAGUUUUAUUUUUAUAUUAAGCUA